AUGAAUAAAGCAUUCGCCGAUUUUGUUAAUAAAGCUUUGGUUAUUCAUAAGGGACAAUGCAUACAACGGUUUUAUCUCCAAUUAGAAGGAUACAGGGCUAGACUGCCUUAUGUUUGUUGUUGGAUCCGCUUUGCUGUGAAUCAUUUUGUUCAGGAACUUGAACUCUGUAUUCCUGAAAUGACGUUGGAUUACUUACCGGAGCGUUUUGUCUUCACUUGUGAAUCAUUGAGACUAUUGAAGCUGGACUUGCCAGGCUAUGUUCUCAAACUCCGAAGAACUGUUACCCUGAUUAAUGUUCGAACUUUGUAUCUCAAGUCAAUGUCUUUCCGAGAUGAUAAAGUUAUUCAUAAGCUAAUAUCAGGUUGCCCAAAACUUGAGAACUUGGGCAUGAACAACUGCUCGAUGUAUGGCAUGAAGAUCCUGAAUAUUUGUUCACUAGAACUGCAGAAUUUGUCUCUAAUUGACUGUCAGAUCUACUCUUCUUGUGAGGUCAAUAUCUCCGUUCCAAAGCUCCAGUCAUUCCGGUACCACUGCCCUCUGACAGUGGCAGGAUCAAAUUAUGUAGAAUUUAAGAAUGUCGUGACAACAGUACCAAUGUGCCCACUCUUCAAUCUGAAGACUGUAAAUCUGAGGAAUGUUGUAGGUGUUAACAAGCUUGAUCUGGUGGGGUUUCUAGUCAAGAAUGCAGAGGUCUUAGAGAAGAUCGUCACUAUUUCUGCGGAAGGAGUCGCCAAGGAAAUAGUUUUAGAAGGGAUCAAAGGUCAUGCAUAA